UGUUGGUCACACUAGGCAGCUACAAAAAAGCGCGAAGAGUCUCAAUUUGGACAAAGUUAAUGCGAAAUAAGGGAAUUUGCGAGGGAUCAUGGAGACGCCGACAGGUAGUGGGUGCUCCACGCGAUCCGCUCGCGUGGCCACUCCACGCCUCUCGGAGCGCAAGCGGCAACUGUUCGGCAGUCCGGGCGCCAGGCUGCGCAAGAUCAACGAUCGCGACCACGACGAGAAUGAGGAUGAGGACGUAGACAGUCUGGGUAUCUCGCCGCUCAAGCCUCGCGUGGCGGCCAACAAGCAGGGCAGGAGUCUCUUCCCCAAGGGGAAGAGUGGCCAACCGAGGGUCACUUCCAACAGCAGUCCGGAAACCAACAAGGAGAACAAGAGAGCCACCCGUGGCGGAGUCGUCGUGGCUGCCACGGCGGAGCAACUGCCUCAGUUGUUCACCACCACCAUGCGUCUGAAUAGCAACAGCAGCAGCAACAACAGUCGCAACAGCACUCCCCGCACACCCAAGAUGCGAGCCAAGCGCGCUGAUUCAUCGAUGUCCUCGCCCACCUCCUCCUCCUCCUCGGUGGGAUCGCCAUCGCAGGAGAUCAGGAGGAGCUGCAGACGCAGUCCUCGAACCGGGAAUGCCCAGAGGAAUCAGGAAGACCUCUCUUCACCGGAAACUUUCCAAAAGCGUCUGAGCAAGGUGGCGGCCAUGAUGAUGAAGCGGCAGUUCUCCAAAUCCGAUGGGGGAUCACCAAAAGGAAGGCACUUAAAGACCACCGCCCAAGUCCAUACCAUCAAAUCGAAGAAGGCGAGCCCGGAAAGCAGCUCUAAACGAAGGAAAUCUCCCAUUAGAGUGUCGGAUUCUGAGGAUGAGCAACCACCAAUAGGUAAAACCUUUAGGAAGAGUAGGCAGAGGAACUCCUCGUCAAAGGAAACAGACAGCAGCAGUUCCAAGCCAUCUCCCAAAGUACCUACCACUAAACCAAAACCAGAGACUCGAAGUAGGAAUCCAAGAAGUCCUAUUGAAAUGGAUGUUAUUGAAACCCCAAGCACCAGAAGAACAAAAUCCCCAGUAAAAGUAUCCCCUUUGAAUAAUGAAGAAACAACCUCAAUGGAGAAAGCUGGAAAAAGUAGCUCAGAGAUGGUUAAAAGCCCAGAAAAUAGCCUAACAUUACCACCUGAAGCUCCCGCUUUAAAUGAAGAAGCUGCCAGUCGCAAGACCCUCAAGCGAGGACAUUUAGAAACCUUAUCCAGCCUAACAGCUUCUUCAACGGAGUCCGAUUCUGGAUCCCCACAAAGCAAGAUGCGCAAGAUGACGCUAAAGAGCAGCAUACCCACCGUGGCCUUCUAUUCUCAUGGUGGUGGAGCAACUACCGCAAAAUCCAAAAGCUCGCGCAACACACCCAAGAACCUUAUUCGACGACCCACUAAAAUCUCGCCAGUUUCCCGUCCCGUUUUGGGUAUCAAUAAGGGAGUUCGCCACAAAAUACGCAAGCCCCACAGUCUGCCCACUCGACUGCCGGCCACCGAUUUGGACAACAUUCUCAACUCCCUAAACAACGAAAGGCUGAAGAACCUGAUCACCACCAAGCGAGAGGAACGGGCCAAGGUCGAGGAAGUCCAUCAGAUCUUGCGCAGUGCCAGGGAUCCCAUCAAAAUGGCCAAACCAUUGAGUGUAAUAGAAGCCGAUGAUGCUAAUAAUAAUAAUAAUGUUAAUCCAGAGACCAAGUGGCAAGAGAUCUCGGCCGACUUCUCCGACCUCAGUGACGACGAGGACAAGGCGCUGAUCGAGGAUCCCUUUAUAGAGCUAGAGCCCAUCAUACCGAUAAUUCGACACGAGCCGAUCCAAAAAUCGCCACCCGUUGAGCCGACGGAUCUCAGCAAGCGCAAGUUCUUCAAAUCGGGACGGCGAAGCAGCACUUGCAUGGAGGUGCGGAUCACGGACAACAUCCGAGCCAGCGUCAGCCAAGGAAAGAUCGCUUUGGUCCAAACUCCACGCCGGAAACCGCGACAAGUGCGUGUUAAGUCCUCCACGAUCUUUUCCGCAGAGCAGGCUACCGUAGAUGCGAUUUUAAAGAACUUGGACGACACGGUGGUGGAUGAGAUUGUGGAAUCAAAGCCGCCGCUGUCGCAGAUUACGGCCAUGAAAGCGGAGGACAUACCCAUGGAAACGGAGUUCCCAGCGGAUAUAAUUGAGUAUGCACCAGAAACUACCGAUGCAAUUAUCGAUCCAUUCGCCGAGUUUCGUCAGCGUUUGCCUUAUCAAACCGAUGAUCCCGAAGUCGUGGAGCAGCAGCAAAUCCUACUCGAGUUCCUCAUCAGCAACAACAUUUGCACUGAGGAGAACUUUGAGAUUUUCAUCGCGAAUCCGGACAACCACAAGGAGGAGGCCAAUCGGAUUGUCGACGAAUUGUAUUUGGUGGUGAACAGCGAAGAGGCAGCGCAGCUGGCUCAAAUGGAAGAACCGCUGGAACCAGUGAUGGAUCAGGAUCCUCCUACAACGGAGGAAGUCCAGCCACGGCUAUUUCCCAUUUUCACGCAGCGCUUGCAGCCCGUUGUCCAGAAAUCCAUGCGUCGUCGGCCGGAUACCUCGAUGAGAUUGCUAUCGGCGGCCGGGGGAUCCAAUCAAUACCAGAUCGACGCAGGUCAGAAGGCUUUUGGCGCCCGGCAGUGUCAGCAGUGCGGACUGGUGUACACCGUUCACGAACCGGAGGAGGAGCAGCUGCAUCGCGAGUACCACAACUCAAUCCAUGUGCUGCGAUUCAAGGGCUGGAUCGACGAGGACAUUGUUGCCGUUUAUCCGGAAUGGGCCAGCGAUGGUCGGAUUAUACGGAUAAACGAACGGUCACCGGCUGCGCGACUGGAGAGGCUGAGGGACCUCAUCGGAGUGGUGGACAAGGAGCUGGGCUAUUCCUCGUACAUUGUGCCAAAGAUCUUUGUGGCCUUCAUGGCGGUGCGGAAGCAACAGAUUGUGGGUUUCUGCCUGGUGCAGCCCCUGUCGCAGGCCCAUCGGUUCAUCCAGGUGGACGGCACGGAUUACUUCAGUGAGGAGAGCUACCCGGCGAGUUGCGGUGUGUCACGCAUAUGGGUUUCGCCACUGCAGCGGCGCAGCGGAAUUGCCAAGAAGCUGCUCAGAGUCGUCCAGUGCCACACGGUGCUUGGCCAGGAGAUCGCCAAGGAGUGGAUCGCCUUCAGCACGCCCACCGACGAUGGCCGGGCUCUGGCGCGGUAUUUUACCGGGUUGGAUAACUUUCUGACCUACGACCAGUGAUGGGGGAAAACGGCUAUUGAAUAGCUGAAUUAUUUUUGAGUUAGGAUUGCUUCGGAACCUGGAAUAGUUGAUAAGUAAAUGCGAUUAUGUUACAAGCGGCGAGAAGGACGCGGCAUUUAUUUUGUUUUCAUUGGUGGGUCUGAAUAUGCCCGUUUUUUAUGCAAUAAAUUUGGAUUUCACACCUU